GACAGCCCGCGCAGCCGCAGACAUCAGCUCCUCUCGUAGCGCUAACUCCAAAACUUUGUCCCCCCGCAGAUUGUAUUUCGUCUUCGGCUUUGCUGACUCUACCGACUGUGUCUUUUAUUGUACCUUUUAUCUCUUCGAUGUCAGACAACAUGAUUCACGGUGCUCUGUAGAUCAAAUCAGACGAGCCCUGCUGCUUCUUUAGCUACCUUUAGCACGGCUACUAUGAUGUUCUUCGGCGAUUAUCCUUCCAUUUUACCUUUUUAGGAGUGGGUGUCUUCUCGGGAGUGGUAGCCGGUGGACGAAUCUCAGUUUUCCGCUUUACCGGGUCAGAGUUGGACAUUACAGCGGCUCUGUUUGACACCUGUCCGCCUCAGAUUAUUCGUUACAAUUGAAGGGGACGCUCCACUUGUAUCUUCCACCGCCGCCAUCUUGGCCUCCCCUCCUUCUCUUUAGCUGACGGGUUAGCCUAGCCUAGCAUAGCCAUUUGAAGCAAUGGCGUUGAAAAGAAUACAGAAGGAGCUAUCAGACCUGCAGAGGGAUCCACCUGCCCAAUGCUCUGCUGGACCAGUUGGAGAGGAUUUGUUUCAUUGGCAGGCGACAAUAAUGGGUCCGCCUGACAGCCCAUACCAGGGUGGAGUGUUUUUCCUCACCAUCCACUUCCCGACAGAUUAUCCCUUCAAACCACCCAAAAUUGCCUUCACAACAAAAAUUUUCCACCCUAAUAUCAACAGCAAUGGGAGUAUUUGUCUGGAUAUACUGAGAUCACAGUGGUCCCCUGCCCUAACAGUAUCGAAAGUAUUAUUGUCAAUCUGCUCUCUUCUUUGUGAUCCAAACCCCGACGACCCGCUGGUACCAGAGAUUGCUCACACGUAUAAGUCUGACAGGGAAAAGUACAACAAAUUAGCAAGAGAAUGGACACAAAAGUACGCAGUGUGAAAAUGCCAGGGAGAUGAAAAUACAACUAGAACAAAAAGAAAUUUGAUUUGUUACGUGAGGCAAAUGAGCAACAGAGGGAAAAAUAAACUAAACAACAAGCCCAUCUUUUGGAGAAGGAAGCGAUAUAAUGAGGUACAGUGCCACCUGGCUUUCCGUGUGCUGAGCUGCUACCAUGUACUGUCCUUCAUGACUUGUAGGAAUCUGCUGAGCAGGACCUGAUGGGCUCCUUAAAGCACUCCCAUAUGGAAUACCCGGAAACUCUUCAUAGUCCAUAGCACCACACUCAGACUCAGACUAUAGAACACUGCUAUUGUGAUCAUCACUUUUAUUGUCGCUGUUCAUGUUUCCACUGACAACAGUCAUAUCUAUCUGUGCUACUCAGAAGCAAAAAAAAAAAAGAAAGAAAGAAAAAAGUUUGAUUUAGGAGAUGGAAUCGCCCUUGGUUCUCAAAGGUACUGUCUGUGUCUCACUGGAUGUCUUGUUAUUACUGUAUUUCCUUGUUUUUAUUUUGUGGCCUUUUUCCAUGUUGUUUUUCUCAAACGGUGUAUGUGCAAUUGAGGCAGAAUGUUCCUGCAAAAAAAAAUGGUGCAGUGCCAUCACCAGCAGCUGACCUGUUGGCACAUACUGUCUCUAACCCGCUACAAUGUGAAAGACAUGAAAAGAAGAAUUGGCCUCCACCACACAAUCAAUUUAUUAGGAAUUAGCAACAGUGUAUAGUUGUUUUUGAGGACACUAGAGAGCUGCUGUGAAGAGCUAGCUGACCCCCCCCGCCCCGCCUCACUGAGCCCCUUUUCUCCUGGUAAUAACAUCUGUCCUGAGUCAACAACGUUGGGUAUGACUGUUCACGCUUGUCUUUAGAAUGCUUUAGAAUGACAACGUGGUAUCUUGUCUGGCUUCCCCUGACGUGUUUUAAAAUACACAUUGAUUAUGUGUCUGGGAGAUUCAAAAAUUGCUUGUUUUGUCACGGUUUGGUACAGUUUGGUAUGGUAAAGGCUUGCAUUUCGAUUGAUAAUAGUUCCUGUACUUAAUGGGCAGGGUGUGGUCUGUGCCUGAUAGCCACGUAGCGUGACAUACCAGUGUGAGAACAACAACGUAGGACAUCCAGUAGCUCUUUUAUCCCUAUCUGAACAAGACGUCAAGCUUUGCAUGAGAAUAGCCUGCAGGCGUUUGCCUCAACCUUCAUGGGAUAUUUACACCCAUCGCAAUGGUGAUUGGGUCUGAGGACACAUUCAGGACGGAUUGCUAGUUUAAAUCUGCAUUCACUCGGGACAGAUGUUAAUACCAGGUCUGAAUGGGUUCAUGUGUCAUUGCCCCCCCCCAUAUCCCACAUAUUAGUAGCCACGCAUGGCUGGUGUCUAUAGUGCACAAAAUACUACUGUUGUACGACUUGGCGUACAGCAACGCUGUGAGCCGCCGCCGCCUCCUCCUCCUCCUCCUCCUCCUCAGUAAAGUUUACUCAGGUAUUUAACCAAAUAUUCAGCCUUUGCAUGCAGUGAACCACGGUGAGAAGAAUAACCUGGGCCCUUUAUCAACAGUUUUCUAUUAACUUGUUCACUGGUUUCUUCACAUCACACAACAGUAGCUCAUGAAUAGUUUGUGCUUCCUUUUGGAGCAAACAUGAUCAAAUGUUGAAUUUCUUUGUUGUUGGUUGUUUUUUUUUGUUUUUUUUCAUGCACACAGACCCUAAUGGGCUGCGUUGUCAUUUAGUCGGGAACUUUUCUUUCUUUUCUUUCUUUCCCUUGUCAUCUUUUACUAGUUUGUGUCAUAAUUUCCGUUCAGGUUGUGGAAUUUUUAACUCUCGGGAUGUGAACAGCUGUAAAAAAGAAAAAACGACGCUGUUGUUGAACGUGUACGUGCUACUGUUUGUCUAAAAUGAAAUGGCCUUUGGUUACAGCGGGUGCUACUGAUACUCAAACAAAACAAAACAAAAAAACUAAAUGGGAAACUUCAAGUCGGGCGUGUGUAGUUACUAGAGGUCAAAUGGCCACGGCAGUUUCGUCUGCUUUAAAUAUGAGCUGUGCGGAGGCACGGAACUGCCACGGGGGGAAAAUGCCUGAGCCAACAUCGUUUACAUACCUGAAAAUCGGGUUUAUUGAUUGACUGUUGAAGGACUUUCCUUUAUGGUAAACGGUCACGGAACGCGUUUAGAGUUUAAUUACGUGCAGUUUGCAGCAGCAGGUGAAGGAUAAGGUUCAUCGAGGAUGAAGACGCUAAAAACUCUCUGGAUGUUUUAAUGGAAAAUUGGGCCACGGUGAUUAAUCCGUUAGACUGAAUUGAUAGUCAACUAUUUUGGUAGUUUGCUAGAUUAUUUAGAGUUCUCAGAUUUCUGUUUCACAUACAAAACAGCAUAUUUGAGAACAUCAUCACUUUGGUGGUAAACGUCGAUCAACAGUUUCUGAGAUUUUAUGGGCCAAACCAGUAAUCGAUGAAUGAAUGAAUGGCAAAACACACUCUUUGUCUCCACAGACACGCAUCUGUCAAUAAUUUUUUGCGACUUCAUCAGGAAAAGUCGCCAAAAAUUGAACUGUAAACGUGUAAAGUGAUCAAUCACAAUAAUCAUGUGUCAUUUAGUCACUCACGCUGGUGUCUGGGAGGACAUGCCUCUCUUGUCUCUUGCGUUCCAGCUGUAGCAGGAAUGAACUGACAAACUGAGGAGGCGUAAACAUCCCUCAACAAUCAAUCAACAAAGCCAACCUUAUGGUUAAAAACCCGUUUCUAUCAGGCUCCGACAUUUUCCCCUCCCGCGUGGCCGUUACUUGGCUCCCGCAGAGUCGACAUGAAGUUGGGACAUUAUUUUUUUCUUUGUUCUCAUUUACGAUCCGGUUUACAAACAUUUUAUUUUUGAGGUUCCAUCACGGUGAAACAGGUUUGUUUAGGUUGGUGACACAUUUUGUGAUCUUUAAUUAAUAUUAUAUUAUUGUAUCUUAAGCUUUUAGUUUUAGGCUUUUCUCUGUUCUUUCUUUCUUUCCUUUUUUCCUCUUUCAUUCAUGUCUCCAGAAUUGAACAUGAUUGUGACGUGUCAUAUUAGUUUUAAUGUAACCCAUUUUGACUGUUGGAUAAAGUAUUUAGGAAAUGCAAUGAUGUCCGUUUAUUUUUGUUUGUUUGUUUUUUCCGUCAUUAAAUCAUUGCUCUUUAUUUGCUGACGCUGCCAAUAUAAAGGGAAUAAUAUGAUGUUUGGAAGGGGAUUGUUUUUUGGGGUAUUGGGGCAUUAUUGAAUACACACAAGAAGAUAUAAUAGUAAAAGCAUGAAGUCUUUAGAAGCUGAUUGUAGAAUUAACACCAAGGUUUAGGCACCAAAUGUAGAUUUUGUUUAUCAUUAACUACUGCAGAGAAAAUAGUCGUAACAGGUUGUUCAUAUCCAAUGACAUGAAACAUUAAAUGGAAAGAAGACUGUACUGCA